CUAUAUACUGAAUUCAUAAUAGCAUUAAGAUAUUGAGUAUUGAUUUGAUGUAUUUCGUAGCUUUAAUCAAUUAUGCUCCAAAUUAUGUCGUCACACAAAGAGUUUGUUUUUCCCUAAUCAGUGAAUCAUCGAGGGAGCAAAAUUAUAGUGAAUAGUAGAUACGGAAUUCAGCUACAGGUGACAAGAUGUUCUCCAGUGGCCCCAACUAUAACAAACUUAAGACGAAUCUGCGUUUAGCGCAGAAUCGUCUCAAAUUGUUGGAAAAAAAGAAGUCGGAGAUCACGCAAAAGUCCCGCAAGGAAAUUGCCGACUAUCUCGCUACAGGCAAAACAGAGAGAGCUCGUAUUAGGGUGGAGCACAUCAUACGUGAGGAUUAUCUGGUGGAGGCCAUGGAAAUUGUUGAGAUGUACUGCGAUCUGUUGCUUGCACGCUUUGGCCUGAUUCAACAAAUGAAGGAGCUGGAUGCUGGCAUAGCCGAGCCUGUGUCCAGUUUGGUUUGGGUUUGUCCUCGUUUGCAAAGCGACAUUGGCGAACUGAAGGUCAUCUCCGACAUCUUCAUUCACAAGUAUGGGCCAGAGUUCGCGGAGCAUUCGCGCACUGCAACUGGCGAACAUUACGUUUCGGAGAAGCUGAUGCAUAAGCUGACACUGCAGGCGCCUCCCAAGCUGCUUGUAGAGAACUACUUGAUAGCCAUUGCUAAGAACUAUAACAUUGAAUACGAGCCAGAUCCACAGGUGAUGCAGGAGCAACAGCAGCCUGAUCAGCAGCAGCAUCAUCUAAUCGAUUUGUCGGAUCGUAAUAAUCUUAGUGGCGGAGGCGGGGCACCUGCUCCACCGCAAAUGGGUUUCAUUGGUUAUCCGCCAAUGCCACAGCUGCCGGACAUGCCAGUGCCUCCCAGUAGUAAGCCAUUCAAUUAUCCACCUUCAGGUGGUGGAGGGGGAGGAGGAGCAUAUGCCGCUCCAGCUGCAGUGCAGCCGCCGCCACCAUUUGCAUACAAUAUACCGCCCAACCAGCCGCCACCAUCGACUUCCGCUCAGGCAAAGUGCGCUGAGGAAAAGGAUUUGAAUACGAAUUUCAUCAAUCGCCCCAAACCGCCAAAUGAUCCACCGCCACGUUACUCCUCGAUUAAUCCUGUUAAUUUGCAGAAUGCCAAUAAACCGAAACCACAACCACGCUCAAAGUUGCCGCCUGGCGGCCCGGAGCAGCCCAGUGCUCCACCUCCAAUGGAUUUGCCCUCGCUGCCAAAUGUCCCUAGCGAUCUGCCCGAUGUUCCAGGCAAUGAGAAGCCCGAAGAUGAUGAAAUUGACUUUGAUGAACUGUCGCGUCGCUUUGAGAACUUGAAGAAGCGCAAAUGAAGCAACAGGAUCGCCACACCGUUUAAUCUUUAUGCAUUCAAAAUGUCGUUAACAUAAAUAACCAACUAUAUAUUUUAUACAAGU